AUGGUAGGCACCAAGGAGAAAUCUUGUUCGGUGGGGGAUAGAAUCAUAGGGGCUGCUUCAGUUGGUGGCUUACAGUGGAAUUGGAGACAUGAACCACCGACAGAAGCGGAGUUAAAUCAGUUGCAGGAUUGUCUUCUUUUGAUAGAUGGGAUUCAAGUGCUAGAUUCGGCUGAUAAGUGGUGUUGGGAUACAAUUGAUACAGAUGGGUACUCGGUUUCGGAUGUCAAGAGAUGGAUUGAUAGUGGUCGGCCAAACAUAGACCAAGCGAUUUAUAGGUGGUGCAAAUGGAUUCCGAUCAAGUGCAACGUGUUUAUGUGGAGAAUGCUUAUGGAUAGGAUUCCUACGAAAAAGGCGCUUUCUAGGCGGAAUGUCAACUGUGGAGACGGUUUAUGCAGUUUUUGUGAGGAGUUUGAGGAGACCGUUGACCAUAUUUUUACGGCCUGUUUGGUUGCUACGGGAGUAUGGAACGCGAUAGCUAGAUGGGUUGGUCUCCCUCAGUUCUACUUCUUUUCGGUGGCGGAUAUCCUCCAUAUGGAGUAUACUUCUUCUUGGUCUAAGGAGAAGAAGACAGCGCUUCAUGGGGUGCUGGUGAUCUCUUGUUGGAGGAUAUGGAGGGCUAGGAAUGAGAGGAUAUUCAAGAACGAAAGGCGUACCGUUGUUGAUAUUGUGGCGGACAUUAAAGCUUUGGGUUUCUUAUGGUUUUCUAGUAGGUAUAAAAAGGGAUUGGUGGGUUGGAUGGAUUGGAAGAAUUUCUCUUUUGAUGUAAUGUAA